UGCGAUCAGGCGCGAAGUAGUAAAUACAUAUAAAACGGUUGUGGUCUAAGAGACGAGCCAGUUUCAAACCGUUGUCGGUGAAGGUACGACGUUAGCCUGAAUAAUGCAAACCGUCACAUUACUUUUGUUCGCGGUCGUCUUGACCGUGGCUCUUGCAGAGGGCCAAUAUUACGUUCCGCGCGCCUACUACACAAUAGAUGCAGAAGGUCAUCAGUCGGCGCCAGUGCCUAUGCGCAGGCUUCGACGCUCCCUGAAUCCUUAUCCGUACCCAUAUGGAGGAGCGAAUGCCAAUGCAAACGCGAACGCUGAAGCAAAUGCUUGGGGUGGUGGCAGUGCUAGUGCAAAUGCUCAAGCCAACGCACGCGCGGGUUCUGGGGGCUGGGGCCUUCCCAUUGGAGCUGGCUACGGCGCUGCAAAUCCUAACGCAUUAAGCUUUGGUGAGACACGACGCCAGUCAGGUCCAGUUUUGAGUAGUCGAUCAAUCAGCGCGGGUUCGUCUGUAGGAAUUGACUCUUCCGGCAAAGGAUAUUACGACCAAUAUACUUCAGUUGGUAAUUAAUGCCUAAUAUCAUUUCAUAUUACUUUGAAGUUCCUUUUUGUUAUAAUUUAAUUAAAAUUUGUGGAUUAAUAUUAAAUAAUUACGUAUAAGUUUGGAUGAAUGAGACCAUGGGUAAGGUGUUGAAAUAAAAUAUUAAUAUAUA